AUGAGGAAAGUUUGGCGCCCGGUGAAGGGUGUGAAAUUCUGUGAUCUCAAUACUGAGUUUACGUUGGUUGAGUUCGAGGAUACGAGAGACAAAAUUAAGGUCAUGCGUGAGGGUCCGUGGUUGUUCGAUAAGCAUCUGGUCCUCUUGAAGGAAUUUGAUGGUAGGUUACAGAUUGGUAAGAUAGAAUUGGUGCAUGCCCCUUUUUGGGUCCGAUUACAUGAUUUACCGUUAAUGGCUUGUAAUGAGUAUAUUGGGAGACUAGUCGGGGGUGCGUUGGGGGAGGUUUUGGAAGUUGAUUUAGAUAAAGCUGAGAUGGAGUGGGGGGAAUAUAUGAGAGUCAAGGUCCUCAUCAAUAUUUUCAAACCUCUAUUACGUCGAAAGCGUAUGAUUGUGGAGGAUGGGGUAUCCUGUUGGGUGCAUUUUUCUUACGAAAGGCUACCAGACUUAUGUUUCCACUGUGGUAUUCUGGGUCAUACGUUAAAGGAGUGCGAGGCUAUUGAUGCAAACCAAGUCGAUUCCCAGAGACUUCCAUAA